AUGGAUGGAGAAGACCCAUCAAACUCAACCACAUCUCUCCUCUCCCGUUCCUAUAACGCAGACACUUCCUCGACUCCUCCACCAAAACACACCACCGUCCCCUUCAUUUCUCUCCUCCUCGCCACCUGCUUAGCUCUGUCAGGAGCGGUGGCCAUUGCCUUCCUCUUCUUAUCUUCCUCACCACCUCAUGCUCAAGCUCAACCCAACCUGAAAAUCUCCGAAUCCAAUGCUGAAUAUUCCCGUCCACUCACCAAACUCAAGCGCCCAGUUGUUAUCAUGAUCUCAUCUGAUGGGUUUCGAUUCGGAUACCAAUUCAAAACCGAUACACCAAACAUUGAUAACUUGAUAAACAACGGAACCGAAGCCGAAUUGGGUUUGAUUCCGGUUUUUCCAACUGCAACAUUCCCAAACCAUUACUCUAUUGCCACUGGUUUGUACACUCCUUAUCACGGAAUCGUCUACAAUAAUUUUUUUGACCCGGAGCUUAACGAGACUUUCACUAGGGCCACUGGGGGUAGUGACCCCAAGUGGUGGUUUGGUGAGCCACUGUGGGAGACUGUGGUGAACCAUGGUUUCAAUGCUGCGACAUAUAUGUGGCCAGGUUCUGAGGCGCCUAAAGGUAAAUGGACUUGCGAGGAGAAGUUUUGUAAGAAAUUUAAUAGUUCUGUACCGUUUGAAGAGCGUGUGGAUACUAUUUUGGAGUAUUUUGAUAUGCCAAGUAGAAAAAUUCCUGUCUUCAUGAAUCUGUAUUUCCCGGACCCAGAUUCUCAGGGUCAUGAUGUUGGACCUGAUGAUCCUGAACUCACUGAAGCUCUUGGUAGGAUUGAUAGUAUGAUUGGAAGGUUGAUUCAAGGUCUGAAAACAAGAGGGGUCUUUGAGGAUGUUCACAUAAUUUUGGUGGGUGAUCAUGGCAUGGCGGCUAUAUGUGAGAAAAAGUACAUCUACCUAGAUGAUUUAGCAAUUCCACAAGAUUGGGUUGAGUAUAAUUGGGCAAUACUGGGUGUUCGCCCACCGGCCAGUUAUUCUCCGGCGGAUGUGGUGGCGAAUAUGACUGAGAGAUUGAAAAAUGCUGAAAAUGGGAAACAUUUGAAAGUUUACCUCAAGGAGGAUCUGCCUACGAGGCUGCAUUAUUCUGCCAGUGAUCGGAUUUCGCCGAUAAUCGGGUUGGUCGACGAGGGGCAUAUCGUGACACAAUCGAGGUCGGCCGGAGAUGAUACUUGUGGAGGAGCACAUGCGUAUGACAAUAAGUAUUUCUCAAUGAGAUCAAUAUUCAUAGGCCAUGGCCCUCGGUUUGCUAGGGGGAAGAAGGUCCCUUCCUUUGAGAAUGUUGAGAUUUACAACGUGGUUACAUCAAUCCUCAACAUAAAAGGAGCUCCCACCAAUGGCACAGAUGGGUUUCCAAAUUCUGUUCUUCUGCCUCAGCACUGA